AUGACCUUCUUGAUAUAUGUAACAGCCCUUGCUGUUUUCACGAUUUCCACUGCUAGAGGACAGGGCGUCGGCCUAUAUGGAUGUCAGUCGCAGGCUGGCAUCACAUCGUUAACAGCGUGCAAUGAGCUUGCGGCCACCGAUUCCUCAUGCUUCGCGAACCCAAAAGCCACUGCCUUCAUUCAAGAAUGCUUCUGUAAGCAGGCUGUUCUCAACAACAUCGUGGAUUGCGAGAGCGAAAUGCGUCUCUGCUACCUCAACGACCAAUUCGACUACUACGCCCGCGAUCUGCUCGCGGACUGGCAUACCUGGUGCAGCACAUAUAUCACCUUUACGCCGACCACUCCUGUCCUUAGCACUCCAACAACAACAGUUCCGCCGGGUACAAAUGCCUUUUGUGAAGAUUAUACCACAUCCUGCGCGGUAUGGUCGGCCGCAGAAUCGGCCUGCUUUGACCUUGACCCCUCAGCUACAGCGUCCUCGUUCUUGAACUGUGCCUGUUCCACCGACCUCCUUUCACUUGCCUCGGUGUGCUUGUACGACGUCUCGACCAGCUGUUUUGGCCGUAGUGCGGUCUUGACUGACAUAGCCUUGUUCUCAAUUUGUGGUACGACUUACAGCAAUGAUCAGUUGAUCACUGCGGCGACUGCGCCUGCACUAGCUGGUCUGGCUGGCAGUACUUCAACAUCACCAUCCGCAGCACAGACGCCAGCUCCGCCGUCUUCGCAGACCGUAGCUAGUACUGCCACUGCCCAGAGCACACGGAGCACACAGACGAGUCCAGCCACUCCUGCCACCAGCAAGCCAACUUCUGGAAGUAAUGUCGUUGUUGCAAGUCCCGCAAGUUCGCUGCGAAUAGGAUUUGCCCUCGCGAUAGCACACCUAAUGUCCCACCUAUGGUAA